AUGGCGGGCGUCGGCAAUAAGUUCGCGCCGCUCCCGCCCAUCCUCCUGAACAAGAAGAAGGGCGAGCCGUACAAGCCGAAGACGCCGGAGGAUGCGGGCGGCGGUAAAAACCCGUUCGCGCGCCAGCUCGCGCACGGCGAGAAGGACGUCCGAGACGCCACCUUCCGCGCGCUCGGCAAGUGGCUCGGCGCGCGGUCCGACGUCGACAUGCUCGACAUGAAGAAGAUCUGGAAGGGGCUCUUCUACGCCAUGUGGCACGCCGACGGGUGGGACGUCCAGGAGGAACUCGCCGAGGAGAUCGGCGGCUUGAUCCACAAGCUCAAGCACCGAGUGGCGCUGAUGUACGCCGGGGUGUUCUUCAUCACGUCGAGGCGCGAGUGGGUCGGCAUCGACCGCCACCGCAUGGACAAGUACCUCCGUCUGGUGCGCCGGUUCACAUCCCACGUGUUCCGUUACUGCGCGGACCGAGACUGGGCCGAGGGCGUCGUGGGCGACGUCGGCGAGAUGUUCGUGCGGUCAGCGCUCAUCCCUACGGGCCGAGGCGACCAGGGCGUCGUCGACGUGGGCCUGCGUCUGCAUCUCGCGGAGGUGUUCGUCACGGAGCUGCGUAA